GUCAAUGAUUCUGUGAAUAUUCAAAGUAUAAACCAACAUUACAAGGCGGUGGUUACCAGUUACAUACCUAGUACAAAGUCAAAAUCAAGCAAAAUAUAUGUAACUCCAAAGAAAAGAAAUGGACAGACUACAACACUGGACAUGUGGAGCGAAGUAGUUAAUUAUGUGUCGGCUGGUCAAGAUGUGCUUAUCAUUGAUGUGGGAUAUCUUACGGAGAAAGUAGUUGAUCACGUGAUUAAGAAUGGACUGCUGAAUAAAAUGCAACAGCUUUCUAUUCGGAUAAGUUAUGGAGAUCCUAAGUCUGGAAUCAAGUAUUUAGCAGCACUAAAACAUCUAAAAAAGCUGUUCGAAGCAGGUUUUAGGAUAUAUUGGUCAAGACCAGAAUUGACUGGUAUUCUGCAGAAUAACAAGAACAGAACGAGCUGCGUCUAUCUAGAUAUGAUUUACAAUGUAUGUAGAAGCUUACAAGACACUACAAAACAUGAUAAGGAUGUAAAUAUCAUACAGAAUCGGACAGAUCACACAUAUUUAGUAAUACCUGACGAUCAGGCGCUUAGUAAAUUAAAUAACAAGGAGAUAACUGAGCUCUAUAUCAGAUAUUUGACAUCAGUGCAGAUCCAUUGUAAAGAAGUGAUACGGUUAGGCAGUGUUACUGAUGGGGGAUGGAACGUGUGUCAUGAUAAAAGUUAUAGGCCGUCUCUCCCAUGUCUCGUUUAUUCUUUCGGUAUAAACUGGGACUUUAGUUUUGACGCUGCCAUUGUAGAAGCUUACAGUUGUGACGUACAUUCAUUUGAUCCAAGUAUGCAAAGAACAGAUUUUAGAAGGGCAGGUCAUAUAUGGUUCCACAAUCUUGGACUUGGUAAUAAAACGGAAAUAUACAGAAAAGAUAAAUGGAAGAUUUCAACUUUAAAAGAUAUAUAUAGCGACUUAGGUCAUAAAUCGACAACAGUCGACAUCUUGAAAAUUGAUAUCGAGGCUAUGGAAUGGAUAUCUAUACCAAACAUGAUCCAAACAGGUGCAAUAGUAAAUGUCAGACAAUUGUUAGUGGAAUUUCACGCCUACUCAGUCUUAUUACAACACUUGUACAUAUUAAGAAGUAUUUAUAACGAAGGAUUUAGAAUUUAUUGGUACCACAGAAAUCCAGGAAAACGAAACAUAAUUCAAGGCAAAUUUGUAGAGAACACUGCAUGUUACGAAGUAUAUUUUAUUAGAAUUUGAAAGAUCAUACCUAAGUUAAAACCAGAUGAUACGACAGUGUAAUUGAAUAUUCCUAUAGAAUAGAAUAAAACGUUAACUAUGAUAUCUAUUUAAGAGGCCACGUCACUUGUUUCCGGCAUGUUCUUCAUCAGGUAUGCACGAGAACCAAAUGAAAGUUUUGAAAGCCAAAUAAAUCAAAAGUUUGGAACAUCAAGACCAAAAAGGAUAUAAAUGAAACAGCCGACCGUUCAUGUUGAAAUUUGACUCAUAUAUUUGACAAAUUUAUGCUUUAAAACGAUAAUUAUAAAAACAAGAAGAUGUGGUAUGAUUGCCAAUGAGACAACUCUCCACAAGAGACCAAAAUGACACAGACAUUAACAACUAUAGGUCACCGACGGCCUUCAACAAUGAGUAAAACCCAAACCGCAUCAGCUAUAAAAGUAAGUUUGUUUUCUGUGUAAUUUUGAAUGCUUAGGUGCAUCUUCAAUAUCCAAACUCAUAUGCACCUACCAACAUCGCCUGUUUUCUCAUUAUUUCUCUUUAAUUUAACAGUCUCAUUAUAGUGUGUAGCUCCAUACUACAAUUGGUGAAUCCAUAAGUAUACUAGAUUUUUAAAACUUAUAGUAACAAGAGUUUGUAUUUGUUAUUCAAACACACCUACUUUGUUGUGAUGACUCAUAAUAAACUUAAGGUAUUUAGAGUUACGGUUAUUACAUUUACUGUUACGGUUAUAUAUUUUGGAAGAAGACUUACCAACUGGUCCGAGUACACAAAUAU